AUGAAUGAAGUUCUAUAUAAGGGCCCUUGGUUUUUUGGUUCUAGGCCAAUGCUUUUAAAACCUUGGACUAUUGAUAUGGAAACAAAUAAAUCUGAUGAGUGUUUGUAUCCUUUGUGGAUUCAACUGCCAGCUUUGAGACUAAAUUUGUGGAAUUCCAAGAGUAUAAGCAAAAUUGCCAGCAUCAUUGGAAAGCCUAUUACAACUGAUAUGUUGACAGCUAACAAACAAAGGUUGACAUAUGCCAGGGUGUUGGUGGAGGUCAAAGUGUCAUCACCUCUACCUGACCACAUCACUAUCCAAUGGCCAAAUGGUAAAACUUAUAAUCAGAAGGUGCUCUAUGAAUUUAAGCCUAGGUGGUGUGGUAUUUGCAAAUUUGUGGGUCAUGACACCAACUUCUACAAGAAAAAGAGAAAUAUCCAGAAAUGGAUUUCUAAGGUAAAGCAGGUUAUUGGUGAUAACAGCCAGGUAGCUCCCAUCUCAGAAAUGCAUAAUCUGAAAGUUGCCAAUCAAGAUGUUAUUGAAGGGAAUAAUAAGGGAAAAUGUGUUGCACAAGAGUUUAUGCAGGCUAGUAAAAAUCACCAGUCACAUGUGCAUGUGGUGCAUGUUUUAGGGGAUUAUUCAAAUAAUGAGACUAGGUCUGCACAUAGUGAGAGAUCUAGAUUGUAUAUGAAUAAUGGAAAAUCUCCUUACAAGUUUUCAGAUUAUGGAAUGCACUUUCAGGGGAACUCUUCUAAUAAUGAGACACAUUAUGCAGAUAAUUCAAGACUGAUCAUGAACUCUGAACCUGCACAUUUGGUACAAAUUCUGGGGGAGGCUACUGAGGCUAGGUCUAUGCAUGUUGUGCACAGUCAAUUCCCUGAGUCUGGGAGUUCCCAUGAAUAUAACACAUGGAUACCUAUUCAAGUGUAUGGUUAUAAUAAUAUGCAAGCAAGAAAGGAUUUAUGGACAAAAUUAUCUCUUAUUCAUAAAUCAAUUGGUAACAUACCAUGGCUUAUAUGUGGAGACUUCAAUACAAUGCUAUGCAGUGAAGAGAAACUUGGUGGCUCUGUAUUAACUGAUGCUGACACCAAUGAUUUCAGCUCAUUUAUUGAAGAUUGUCAGCUCUCCCACCUGAAAACCAUAGGAUGUUUCUUCACUUGGAACAACAAACAAGACCAGGAUACAAGAGUUUGGAGUCGUCUGGACAGAGCUCUAGUAAAUGACGACUGGAUUCAUCAAUUAAACUCAGGAUACAAGAGUUUGGAGUCGUCUGGACAGAGCUCUAGUAAAUGA